AGAUUAUAGAGAUUUGUACUAGAUUUCCAGUUAUUCGGUGAGAUUUGUUCUAUAAACUAUGGAAAUUUCAAUGUUAUCGUGCUUUUUGUUUUAGAGAUACAGGGCGUUAAAGUUUUAUUGAUAAUUAUCUCUAAUUAGGCGCAUAUUUUUAAAACUGUGAGAGAUAGAGCUUCGUACUAAAUUUCUAUAAAAUCGGGAAGAAUUGCUUUACAAAUUUUCCGAAUUUUAAUUUUCUAAUGCUUUUUGUUUCCGAGAUACGGGGCGUUAAACUUUUACAAUUUGUUUUAUAAUAUUCACCUCUAACUUGCCUCGUAUUUCCAAUAUAGUAAUAAAUAGUAGUUUGUAUUUAAUCUCUGUAGAUUAAGGAAUAUUUGUUCUAUAAACAAUGAGAAUUUCAGUUUGCUACUGCUUCUGGUUUCCGAGAUACAGGGCGUCAAACAUUUUUUAGUCUGUUUUAUGAUAUGCACCUCUAACUUCGCUCAAACUUUCAAAACCAUGAAAGAUAGAGUUUUAUACCAAAUAUAUAUAGAUUCAGGAUAAAAAUGAUGACAAUCUAAUGCAUUUUUGUUUCCGAGAUACAAGGCGUCAAACUUUUAUCAAUUCGUUUUAUAAUAUGCACCUCUAUUAAUGCAUAUAUUCCCAAUAUCGUAUCAAAUAGAGCUUUAUACUCAAUCUCUAUAGAUUUAGGAAGAUUUGUUCUAUGAAACAUGAAAAUUUCAAUCUUCUACUGCUUCUUGUUUCCGAGAUACAGGGCGUUAAAGUUUUAUUAAUAUUUUUAAUGAUAUUACACCUCUAUCUUUGCUCAAAUUUUCAAAACCGUGAAAGAUAGAGCCUCAUACAAAAUCUCUAUAGAUUCCGGAAGAUUUAGUCUACGAAUGAUGAUAAUCUCAAUUUUUUCUCCGUUUUUGUUUCCGAGAUACAAGGCGUCAAACUUUUAUCAAUUCGUUUUAUAAUAUGCACCUCUAUUAAUGCAUAUAUUCCCAAUAUCGUUUCAAAUAGAGCUUCAUACUCAAUAUCUACAGUUUUGGGAAGAUUUUCUUCAUAAAUAAUGAAAAUUUCAAUUUUCUACUACUUUUCGCUUCCGAGAUACGAGGCGUCAAACUUUUUAUCACUUUGUUUUAUGAUAUGCGCCUCUAUCUUUGCUCAAAUUUUCAAAACCGUGAAAGAUAGAGCCUCAUACAAAAUCUCUAUAGAUUCCGGAAGAUUUAGUCUACGAAUGAUGAUAAUCUCAAUUUUUUCUCCGUUUUUGUUUCCGAGAUACAAGGCGUCAAACUUUUAUCAAUUCGUUUUAUAAUAUGCACCUCUAUUAAUGCCCAUAUUCCCAAUAUCGUUUCAAAUAGAGCUUUAUAAUCAAUAUCUACAGUUUUGGGAAGAUUUUCUUCAUAAAUAAUGAAAAUUUCAAUUUUCUACUACUUUUCGCUUCCGAGAUACGAGGCGUCAAACUUUUUAUCACUUUGUUUUAUGAUAUGCGCCUCUAUCUUUGCUCAAAUUUUCAAAACCAUGAAAGAUAGAGCCUCAUACAAAAUCUCUAUAGAUUAAGGAAUAUUUGCUUUAUGAAACAUGAAAAUUUCAAUCUUUUACUGCUUCUUGUUUCCGAGAUACAGAGCGUUAAACUUUUGUUAAUGUUACGUAUAUCUUUUAACCUAAAUUUUCGAAAAUGCAGUUCUAUAGUUUAGCUCCAUAGAUGGCGAUAGAUGUAAUCUAUAACUCAAAAUAAUUUCAUUCUUAUUAAUUAGACUGACAUCAGUUGUCAAUUGAGAAUCUGAUCUAGUCGUUAAAUUGUAAAAACGUCAAAUCGAAUCCGUCAAACAUUUCCAAACGUUGUCGUUCGCGAUGUCCGCCGCUCCGAAAAUAGCCACCGCCGUGAAAAUCAAAAAAAUAGUACCGUUAAUGAACAGGGUACUAAUUAAAAAGGCCGAACCCGAAACUCAGACCAAAGGCGGUAUAGUCCUACCGGACAAAACGAAAGUUAAGUUACAAAGAGGCACAGUUUUGGCCGUUGGACCCGGUAAUAAAACCGAGAACGGGCAGAUAGUACCGGUUAACGUGUGUCCAGGUGACGAAGUGAUCUUGGCAGAUUACGGCGGUACCAAAAUCGAAUUGGACAAAGACGAAGUUUAUUUUUUGUACAGAGAAAAUGAAAUCCUCGCCAAAUUGAAAGAAUAAACAUUAAUACUACUUAUUGUAUUCCACCUGUAAUGUUUCGUUCGUGAAAUAAAUAGAGAAAAAAAAA